AUGCAUCUGCUCUUACUUCAACUGCUUGUGCUGCUGCCUCUGGGGAAGGCUGGCUGGCGCCUGGACAACGGCAGAAGUCAUAGUUCUCCUUCCCUUGUGCUCCUAGAAAGGAGCCGCCGAGAGCUCCCCACUGGCAACCAAGAGGAACCUGAGGACAAGCCAGAUCUGUUUGUGGCAGUGCCACACCUGAUAGGCACCAGCCUGGCAGGGGAAGACCAGAGGCAGAGAGAGAAGAUGCUGUCCAGGUUUAGCAGGUUCUGGAAGAAGCCUGAGAGAGAACUGUACCCUCCUGGGGACAUGGAAAGUGAGCAUUCCCCACCCUGGAGCCAGGACCUCCUUCAGCCAACCGAUGGGAAGAAAGUGGAGAAAUCUCCUCUUCGAGAAGAAGCCAAGAAAUUCUGGUACCACUUCAUGUUCAGAAAGGGUCCAGCCUCUCAGGGGGUCAUCUUGCCCAUCAAAAGCCACGAAGUGCAUUGGGAGACUUGUAGGACAGUUCCCUUCAGCCAGACCAUCACCCAUGAAGACUGUGAAAAAGUCGUCGUCCAGAACAACCUUUGCUUCGGGAAGUGUGGGUCUGUUGGUCUUCCUGGAGGGGCGCCGCAACCCCCUACAGUCUGCUCCCACUGCUCCCCUGCCAAGUUCACUACCGUGCAUUUGCAGCUGAACUGCACUGGCCUAGCCCCCGUGGUCAAGCUGGUGAUGCAGGUGGAGGAGUGCCAGUGCACGGUGAAGACAGAGCAUGGAGACGGACACCUCCAACAGGCUGGCUCCCAGGAUUCCUAUAUUCCAGGGGGUUCCACUUAA